CAGAGAGAGAGGGAGACAAAAUCCAAAGCAGACUCCAGGCUCUGAGCUGUCAGCACAGAGCCCAACACGGGGCUCAAACUCACAAAUUGUGAGAUCAUGACCUGAACCGAAGUCAGGUGCUCAGCCGACUGAGCCAUCUAGGCACCCCUCAGACGUGUGGGGUAGUGUGUUAGAGCCUGAGCUGGCCAGUUUUAGGAAUUGGGAGAGAAGGUCAUUCUAGGUGUUUGACCCCUGCUCGUCAAUUUCAACCCCUAUGUCCCAUUGUUUCCUGUCUGUGAAACAAUGUGAUUGAACUAGAUACUCUCCGAGAUUAAAAGCAUGGCGGGGUGGAUGCAUGUAUCUGUGGUGUAUGAAUGUUUCAUGGGAAACACCUGCCAGUGGAACAGGAGGGGACCUGAUAGAUCAUUGGUGGUUGAUAACAUGGUCAUCCUACCUAGCCUGGCAUUUCUGGAGUAGCAGGAAUGGUGAUCAAAGUGUAUCUUACCACUUAAUUGAGGUAGGAAUAACAUAGGUCACAGUUCACAGGACACCAACUAUUUGGAGCUAAAGGAAAUGUGUCCACAGUGCUGGUUAUUGCAGUGAAAUGUUUUUAAUUCUUCUUAAAACCUCUUUAAGCAUCUGCUGUGGAAUGUUAAAUCAACCAGAGAAUUUCUGGUGUCCUGUUGCCAGAACCAGUAUUGUAUAAUUCUUGUGGAUACCCUUAGGAGAUUUUCACUUUCUGCCCCUGGCGUCGUCUGCAUCCUUGUGAUGCUCUCGAGAUUUACUUUGACCUGAACCCCUUUGCCUACAUGUAGUUAAAGCACCAGGCUCCGGAAUGCUGCCUCCAGCUUCUAAGCUGCUGAAUCACCCCACUUGUUUCAUGCUGCCUGUUCAUACAUAAAAUUUCUCUCCCUGCUUUGUGCUUUUCUAAUAAAAGGAAACUGGAAGUUAGGGGUCUUUGUGUCUGAGGGACAAACCAACAGAAAAUGUUUGGGAAUGAUAAUAUAGUAAGAUGUUCAAGUAAUCCUGAAAUAGAAACCCUUCCUUCCCGAGCCCCAUCUCCGAGUCCCUUUUUAUUGCAGACCAGAUAAAAUCAGAGUGUCAGAGUGCAGCUGCCCAGAAGGCUGAAGGUCCUCAUGGUUACAGCCUGCUUUGGAAACUCAUCCCCACCAUACUUGCAGUUAAUGAAAAUAUUUGCUUUGCUUGAUAUAAACAAAGUUUAUGGGCACAUUUUAUAAUUAGGAAACCCUUUAAUUUUCUUUUAUCCUUAACUCCCCCCUUUUGUUUGUAUCAUUGGAGAAUAUGAAGUAUUUAAGAAAAUAAACCCUUUCUCAGUAAGGAGCUUAUUUUUUAUUUCUGGUGUUGUUAGAAUAGAUGCCUUUCUCCCUAAUAUUGUGUCCCCAUCCAAAUUAAGGGACUUGAAGUCUGAUUUGGGUUUUGUUUUGUUUUGUUUAUUGUAAAGGUUAGAAAUAUUUCUGUAUGAGUAGGGAAGACCAUACCUUGUCACAGUGCCUGCUCCUAUCAGGCCAGUCUAGACAUUGGACUACCAGCUUGGUGAUUGGGAGGGUGUAAGGGCCAGCCACAGGGCAAUGAAGCUCUUUUCAAACCACAUGGACAACCUCUUCAAGGUCCCCUGCACAUCCUGUGCAUGUACCCCUUGGGGCUGUGGCCUCAGCGCUUUCCAAGUUCUACAUCUCCUAGUUUCGUUGCCAAAUAGCCAGGAGUCAGGUGACCAGGCACCAUUCUUGUAGGCAUAGCACUUGCUUGCAUUCCCUAGAUGAGACCAAUGUGGUGGUGGGGACUGGUCAUGAGCACCAGAUAUAGGACUGGAGAAAACAGCUCUCUUUUCCUCUAUCUUCUCAAAUCUCCUUAGUCGGGGAGGCACUUAGCCCCAAUGGGCACUGGCAUUGCAGUAUACCCCCAGCUCUGCCUUAAGAUCUCUUUCAUUGACAGAUAGUCAAAGGAGAGGCACCUGGGAAACUUCAUGUCCUGGCUCAAGACCUCAAGGACAGGUGGUUUCAGAAAGAUUUCUGGCUUUAUCCACAGUGGUGUAAGAGUAGCUCCUGGGUCCUGGGAAUUGGUGGUAUCUCACGGUACACAUCAUAAAGCAGGGUGAGCGAGGGUUAUAGAAGGACCAGAGUGGGUGACUUCGCUGUUCACAUAGAUUUAGGAUGUAAAGAUUUUCACUAAUUCCUUCUUGCUUCCUUCCCUCAGGGACAGAACAUUUGUGUGAAUGCUCCUUUUUUUGAAAAUUCUGGUGAAGGUUUCCUGGUAAUUGUUUUCUUCUUCAAAUACCAGUCACUUGGGAAACUCAAGAUUUAUCACUAAAUGUCCAAGUUUGUUAAAAUCCUUCAAGCAUAGCUGGCCCAGGUGUGACUAAAAUUACCUUUCUGAUGUUGCCAACUUAUCCAUUGUGGGACCCACGGCUUUUCUGUUCACAGAUCUAAUGGUUUUGAGCUGCCUUUGAGGAUCAAGCAUGAGCUUGUCUGCCAGUUUUAACCCCCACCCCCCAAACCCCCAGUGUGUGGAGGGGGUGACUACAUAUUUCACCGUGCCUCCUAACAUGAAAAACAAGCACAGCGAUGCAAUUUGAACUUGAUGGUUUGGAUCACAUCCCUUUUGAGUCUUGCGCACAAAGAUCUACACAAGGAGGUGACUUUGGUCCAGAGACUUCUCCCCCAGUCCUGCCCCCUGGCCAUGGUGGUGACUUGUCUGUGAGCAGCGUUCCUGUGGCAGAAGACACCUACAGGGUGAGCUUGGCCAAAGGUGUCUCAAUGUCUCUGCCUUCAUCACCUCUGCUGCCUCGACAGUCUCAUUCGGUGCAAUCAAGGUCAAAUAAAAAAUCCCCAGGACCCGUCAGGAAGCCCAAGUAUGUGGAAAGCCCCAGAGUGCCUGGAGAUGCAGUUAUAAUACCGUUCAGAGAAGUGUCCAAGGCAGCAGAGCCCAAUGAGAAUGAAGCAAAGGCCGAUAAUGAACCGAGCUGUUCGCCGGCAGCUCAAGAACUGUUGACAAGGCUGGGAUUUUUACUGGGAGAAGGGAUCCCAAGUGCCACACACAUAACCAUUGAAGAAAAAAAUGAAACCAUGUGCACAGCUCUAAGCCAAGGCAUCAGUCCUUGCUCCACACUAACAAGCAGCACCGCAUCUCCUAGCACCGAUAGCCCCUGCUCAACCUUGAAUAGCUGUGUCAGCAAGACCGCAGCCAACAAAAGUCCCUGUGAGACCAUUAGCAGCCCUAGUUCCACCCUGGAAAGCAAGGACAGUGGAAUUAUAGCCACAAUUACAAGUUCAUCCGAAAAUGAUGACCGGAGUGGCUCCAGUUUGGAAUGGAAUAAGGACGGAAGCCUAAGGUUAGGGGUACAGAAAGGAGUGCUUCAUGAUCGCAGGGCAGAUAAUUGCUCCCCAGUGGCAGAAGAGGAGCCCCCUGGGUCAGCGGAGAGCGUGCUGCCCAAAACUGAAGCCUCAGUUGGAGAUGGUCCAGUCCCUUAUUCUCAGAGCUCCAGCUCGCUAGUAAUGCCACGGCCCAACUCAGUUGCAGCAACAAGCUCAACCAAGUUGGAGGAUCUGAGUUAUUUAGACGGGCAGAGAAAUGCCCCUCUUCGAACGUCAAUUAGAUUGCCGUGGCACAAUACAGCCGGAGGUAGGGCACAGGAAGUUAAAGCACGAUUUGCUCCCUACAAGCCACAGGACAUUUUGUUGAAACCCCUGUUGUUUGAAGUACCAAGCAUAACAACGGACUCUGUGUUUGUGGGAAGGGAUUGGCUCUUUCACCAGAUAGAAGAAAACUUGAGGAACACAGAACUGACAGAAAAUAGAGGAGCCGUGGUGGUUGGAAACGUGGGCUUUGGGAAGACCGCAAUCAUUUCUAAGUUGGUGGCACUUAGCUGCCACGGAAGCCGCAUGAGGCAGAUUGCUUCCAGCAGCCCCAGUUCACCACCAAAAACUUCGGAUUCCUCCCAGGAUCUUCCUUUCACUCCGUUGCUUUCACCGAGCUCUUCUGCAGUUGUUACCAACAUGGCCAAAACACCCCCUGGGUCUGGGUCUGAUACUCCUGAGAACCAGAGACCAAGAGAGGACGCAGUGAAAUACCUCGCUUCUAAGGUCGUGGCCUACCACUACUGCCAAGCUGACAACACGUACACGUGCCUGGUGCCCGAGUUCGUGCACAGCAUUGCAGCUCUGCUGUGCCGGUCCCACCAGCUGGCCGCCUACAGGGACCUACUGAUCAGGGAGCCCCAGCUACAGAGCAUGCUGAGCCUCCGGUCCUGCGUGCAGGACCCAGUGGCCGCCUUCAGGAGAGGAGUGCUGGAACCGCUCACAAGCCUGAGAAACGAGCAGAAAAUUCCUGAAGAAGAAUAUAUUAUUUUGAUAGAUGGCUUAAAUGAAGCGGAGUUUCAUAAGCCUGAUUAUGGAGAUACGCUUUCUUCAUUUAUUACCAAAAUUAUUUCUAAGUUUCCUGCCUGGUUGAAGCUGAUUGUGACUGUAAGAGCAAAUUUUCAGGAAAUUGUGAGCACGCUGCCAUUCGUCAAGCUUUCCUUAGAUGACUUUCCGGACAACAAAGACAUUCACAGUGACCUGCAUGCCUACGUCCAGCACAGGGUCCACAGCAGCCAGGACAUCCUCAGCAACAUCUCCCUGAACGGCAAGGCCGACGCCGCCCUUAUUGGGAAAGUGAGCAGCCACCUGGUGCUGCGGAGCCUCGGCUCCUACCUGUACCUCAAACUCACCUUGGACCUCUUCCAGAGGGGACAUUUGGUCAUCAAAAGUGCCAGCUACAAGGUGGUCCCCGUGUCUCUGUCUGAGCUCUAUCUGCUGCAGUGCAACAUGAAGUUCAUGACCCAGUCCGCCUUUGAGAGAGCACUUCCGAUUCUAAACGUGGCCCUCGCAUCCCUCCACCCCAUGACGGAUGAGCAGAUCUUUCAGGCCAUUAAUGCGGGCCACAUACAAGGGGAGCAGGGAUGGGAGGACUUCCAGCAGAGGAUGGAUGCUCUCUCCUGCUUCCUCAUUAAGAGGCGAGACAAAACCCGCAUGUUCUGCCACCCGUCCUUCCGGGAGUGGCUCGUUUGGAGAGCAGAUGGUGAAAACACGGCCUUCCUAUGCGAGCCCAGGAAUGGGCACGCUCUCCUGGCAUUCAUGUUCUCUCGACAAGAGGGCAAGCUGAAUCGCCAGCAAACCAUGGAGCUUGGCCAUCACAUCCUGAAGGCACACAUUUUCAAGGGCCUCAGUAAGAAGACAGGAAUCUCCUCAAGCCACCUCCAAGCCCUGUGGAUCGGGUACAGCACCGAGGGCCUCUCUGCCGCCCUGGCCUCUCUCAGGAAUCUCUACACCCCCAAUGUGAAGGUCAGCCGUCUCCUGAUUUUGGGAGGGGCCAACGUGAACUACAGAACAGAAGUGUUAAAUAAUGCCCCAAUCCUGUGCGUCCAGUCUCACCUUGGCCAUGAGGAAGUGGUCACUCUGCUCCUGGAAUUUGGCGCCUGCCUGGAGGGAAUGUCAGAGAAUGGCAUGACCGCCCUCUGCUAUGCUGCAGCUGCUGGCCAUAUGAAGCUGGUCUGUCUGCUGGCCAAGAAGGGGGCGAGGGUGGACCACUUGGAUAAGAAAGGCCAGUGCGCACUGGUGCACAGCGCACUGAGGGGCCAUGGUGACAUUCUCCGGUACCUGCUGACCUGUGAGUGGUCGGCAGGCCCUCCCCAGCCAGGUGCACUGAGGAAGAGCCAAGCCCUGCAGCAGGCGCUGACAGCAGCCGCCAGCAUGGGCCACAGCUCGGUGGUCCAGUGCUUGCUGGGACUGGAGAAGGAACAUGAGGUAGACGUCAAUGGCACCGACACGCUGUGGGGAGAAACAGCCCUGACUGCUGCUGCUGGAAGAGGGAAGCUGGAGGUGUGCGAGCUGCUGCUGGAGCACGGAGCUGCUGUGUCUCAGACUAACAGGAGAGGAGUCCCACCUUUGUUUUGUGCAGCACGCCAGGGGCAUUGGCAGAUCGUUAGAUUACUUUUGGACCGUGGCUGUGAUGUGAGCCUAAGUGACAAGCAGGGCCGGACGCCCCUCAUGGUGGCCGCUUGUGAAGGACACUUGAGCACCGUGGAAUUUCUCCUUUCAAAAGGUGCUGCCCUUUCUUCUCUGGACAAAGAGGGACUGUCAGCAUUAAGCUGGGCUUGUCUGAAGGGUCACAGGGCAGUGGUCCAGUUUCUGGUUGAGGAAGGAGCCGAGAUAGACCAGACGGACAAGAAUGGCCGCACUCCCUUGGACCUGGCCGCCUUCUACGGUGACGCAGAGACCGUACUGUAUCUGGUUGAGAAGGGAGCCGUGAUUGAGCACGUGGACCACAGCGGCAUGCGCCCCUUGGAUAGAGCCAUUGGUUGUCGAAAUACAUCUGUAGUGGUUACACUGCUGAGAAAAGGAGCCAAAUUAGGAAAUGCUGCCUGGGCGAUGGCUACUUCCAAACCUGAUAUUUUGAUUAUACUUUUACAGAAAUUGAUGGAGGAAGGAAACGUGAUGUACAAAAAAGGGAAGAUGAAAGAGGCAGCCCAGAGGUACCAGUAUGCCUUAAGGAAGUUUCCGCGGGAAGGAUUUGGAGAGGACAUGAGACCAUUCAAUGAGCUAAGAGUUUCCCUCUAUCUCAAUUUGUCUCGCUGCCGAAGAAAAACAAAUGACUUUGGCAUGGCAGAAGAAUUUGCUUCCAAGGCUCUCGAAUUGAAACCAAAGUCCUAUGAAGCCUUUUAUGCCAGGGCAAGAGCGAAGAGAAAUAGCAGGCAGUUUGCCGCAGCCCUGGCUGACCUCCGGGAAGCUGUGAAGCUCUGUCCCACCAAUCAGGAAAUCAGGAGGCUGGUGGCCCGCGUCGAGGAGGAAUGCAAGCAGCUCCAGAGGAGCCAGCAGCAGAAACAGCAGUGCCCAGCGCCAGCCCCACCCAAUGACUCCGACAACGAGGAGGACGCUCCGACCCCUGGGUUAAACGACCACUUCCAUCUUGAGGAGGCUGGGGAAGAAGAAACUUCCUCCCAGGAAGAGUCUAUUUCCCCACCGCCCAGGUCUCAGCCAUCCUCCUGUGUCCCCUCUCCGUAUAUCCGAAACCUUCAAGAAGGGUUACAGUCCAAAGUCAGGCCGGUGUCCCCGCAGCACAGGCCAGUCAUCGGUAAGGCCUCGAGGGAAGCUGUAGCUCCGCCCGGGCUGGUCCUGCAGCCCACCCGGCAGGCACAGAUCGUGAAGACCAACCAACAUCUGGGUGCUGGACAGGCCGGCGUGAGAAACGGUAGCACAAAAAUGCAGGUCGCUGCUCAGAAUCCUCCCCCAAGCCCUAUGCCAGGUGGGAUCCCUGCAGCUCCUGGUGGUGGCAGAACCCAGCGUUUGGAGGGCACGGGCACUUUGACUGUGGGCUCCGGGUCUGGCCAUUUUGGAGAGAGGCUGGGCCCCAGCCACGGUGUCCAGCUGCAGCACAGCGAGGGCGGUGCUGCCUACCCCUUACCGAGCAAGGUAAAGACUGCAGAGAGGCUUCUGUCUCACGCCUCCGUAGCCGUGGAUGUAGCCCCUCUCAACCAGGGCGGGCCGGUGAGCUGCGGUGACGGGCGACACCCGGCUUCCCUCACCAGCUCAGGCUCUUCUGGUUCUCCGUCUGGCAGCAUAAAGAUGUCAAGUUCAACCAGUAGUUUGACUUCAAGCAGCAGUUUCUCAGAUGGCUUCAAAGUCCAAGGACCGGAUGCUCGCAUUAAAGACAAGGUUGUUAGCCAGGGUCAAAGUGGGACAGCCGAGCACAGACCACGCAGUACUCCAUUCAUGGGCAUCAUGGAUAAGACUGCAAGGUUCCAACAGCAGAACAAUCCUCCAAACCGUACCUGGCACUGUCAGGUGCCGGAGGGGCUACUGCUGAACACGUCCUCUGCAGCUGGUUUGCAAUCCUUGAACUCUGAGAAGCCCUGUCUCAAACAAGCAGGAGGAUAUAGUAGCCAAGCCAAAACCUGUGCUGUUUCUACCCUGGGUGGAAGUGUCCAUAAUGGGUCACAGGUGAAGGAGCUAGAAGAAAAGAAAUGCCAAAUUCCAGUCCAUUGUCAAGAUAGCAGGAUCACUAAGACUGUUUCUCAUCUGUAUCAGGAAAGUAUCUCCAAACAGCAGCCUCAUGUCAGUAAUGAAGCUCACAGGAGUCACCUCCCUUCAGCAAAACCAAAGCGAUCAUUCAUAGAGUCAAAUGUGUGAGCCUUAAGAGAGACGCAUAUGUGGGAUUGGGGAAACCGUGUGCCACCUCCUGGUGGUGAUUCAGAGGUUUUUCGUGAGAAAAAUUACCUUGUAGCCAUGUAUUUUUUUUUUCUUUAUUCCUUGGGGGUGGGUCAGAUGCCACUGAUAUAUAUAAAAUAUGGGAUAAAAUUUCUUUGAUAAAUAGCUAGGAGUCACCAUAAAUAAGAAUGCUAACCAGAAUGAAAAUUUAUAAUUAGUUAUGCCUAUUAAGUUAAAAAAUUUAAGACCACCAAGAAGACAUUAACUCAUGGUUUUCUCUUAUGAAAUUGGUUUUUACCACUUUUCUCCUAGUGUUUGCUACGUGGUAAAAUCAUAAUAUUUCUUAGAGAAUGUAAAUGUCUAAGUGAUAGGUUUAACUUAUGACAAAUAUCCAGAUGAUGUAUUCUGGAAAAGAUGGAAUCUUCAAGUUUCAGUUCCAUUGAGUCAAAUCCCAGUUUUUACAUAUAAAUAUAUAAAAAUUUCUGGAUGAACAUGUGUGACUAUAAAUGUUAUACAGCUGAUUCUUUUCAUUUUUUUUAAGCAAAAUACAAGAAUAUCCAAGUAUUGUUACCUUCAUAGUAGUUCUCUUUUAUUUCCAUGUUAGGGUUCUCACUAAAAACAUUUUUAUAGCACCUUUUUGGAAUUAUAUUCCCACUUCAAGGUGUUUAUAAUAUUUGGAAAUAGUAUAAAGCCAUUUGGAAGCAGGAUUGGUGGUCAAGUUAGAGUUGGACUAAACUAAGGAUACAGCUUUCUUUACGAUAUGUAAAUUCGCUCUCAGCUGGUUCCCAAACUGCUUUUAACAAUGAUACCAUUCCUGGAACAAGCCCUCCAGGGUCCUUUAAGGACAGUAUUUAAUUUGGAUAGUUAAGGUAUGGUUAGUUGUUGCUUUUGUUUCAUUAUACAAUCAUUACUUUAUAGUCACAUGUUGUACAUAUUAAAUAGCCAAGUUGUAUUCUGACUUGUAAAUAUAACUAUUUCAAGUAGUUAAUCAUAAAAAAACCUCAUAUAUUUGCAUGUUCUUUGUAAGCUUCAUUCAUGCUGGUUGUUGCACUGAACGAUAUAUUACUAUAGCAUGUUAACAGUAUACCAGUAACAGCACUUUAUCUCAUUUAUAUGAACACCUUUGAGGUGCUACUUAAAUCCUAACUGAUGUAUUAUUCAUUUGUAAAGAUAAGGUACAGCAAUGAGCCUUGGUUUAAAGGUAUUUUUAUAUGAAAAUGGUGUGCUCUUGGAGGAUGUUAAAAUGCUAGUUUGAGAGAGGUAGGAGAAUAGUUGUUUUAUAUGGUGGGAUGUGAAAUUUAUUUUCUAGAAUUGGGGAGAAGUAAGUUCUAUAUUUACAGAAAGUUUUAAAAAUGGAUUGUUGUAACGACGUUCCUCUGAGCAUCAUUAUGGUUUUGUACGAACAGGAGAUCUGGUGUCAUUCUUCAACAUUUGUGCCUGAGUGUGAACGGUGUGCUUUGUACAGCUUUAUCAUUUUUCUAGGCUUUCCCUGAGUUCUGCUAGAAGUACUUUGGCUUAUUUAUUGUUUGUUGUUUUCUUUAAUAUUUGUGAAAGUCUUACUCUUGUUAUGUAGUUUUGUUUCUGCACAACUACUGUACUUUUCCAUAUGGAAUAAAGAGUAUUAAUAGAA